UUCUGCCCUUUCAUCCGAUGUCAUUAUUCUCAAUGUUGGGGGGAUGACUUGCGGCGGGUGUACUUCAAGUGUGAAGAAAAUACUGGAAAGUCAACCCCAAGUCUCUCUGCAAGUGUCGAUCUAGCUUCGGAGACGGCAAUCGUGUGGCCUGUUUCCGAAGCCAAGGCUUUACCAAAUUGGCAAAAGGAGUUGGGAGAGGCACUAGCUAAACACUUGACUACCUGUGGUUUCAAUUCUAACCUUCGAGGUGAGGAAGCUGUUGAAGGUGUCUCACCAUAGUUCCUUUCCGAGACCCGAAUGCAAGUAACAUCGGCGACAAUAUAGGCUUUGAAGUCCUAGAUAUAAUUAAUUUACCAUUUCUCCUUUCAAUAGGGCAACCACUUCAUAAAUUUGCAUCGAGGGAUGAUUCGAUGGUGGUGAAGAACACUGACCUUUUUUAAGAAAUAAUCGUGAACAUUUUAUGGUAAUUAAGAGGAGAUUAAGGUCUCUUAGAAUGCUGAUGGCAUUCUUCUUCUGUAAAACUUGUACUCAUUUUCGUAUUUCUUUGCAAAAUGGGGUGUGUACCCUUCAUUAAGAGCCUCAGAUUAUGGCUGUGUAUCACAUGAUUCAUGAUAUGGUAUCAUCUCCCAAUGGUGUCCAUCAAAUAAAAGUAACGGAUAUUUGUAUUGUCA